AUGCCUCCUAGAAGGUCAGUUAGAGUGGGUCGAGGUCGAGGUCGAGGUCAAGGCCAAGGCCGAGAUGAUGGAGGGAUCAAUGAACCACCUCAAGCACCACAGGGAUGGGAAGAGCGCAUUGCCGCACUGGAAGGAAUCAUUCAUAGGCAGGAUGAAGAACUUCGCCAGCUGAGACGUCAACCGGAGCCGCCAGUCCAAAUAAGGCAAGAUGCAGAAAAUAGAGACCCACCAGCUGCAGUGGUAUAUCCUGCUACAGAGGCUAGACAUGAGUUGUUAGCAGAGAGAUUUCGGAAACAACACCCACCUGAGUUUGAGGGAGGCAUAGACCCGGUAGUGGCUGAGGAGUGGAUAAGUCGCAUAGAAAGCAUUUUGCAGAUGCUAAGGGUGGAUGGGAAUGACCGAGUGAAGUGUGCAUCUUACAUGCUGAGGAAAGAUGCUCCAUUUCUAGCAGCAAAGGUCGAUGAAUUUACUGGGUUAGUCCAAGGGAGUCUUACUGUGACUGAGUAUGCACAAAAAUUUGAUAGAUUGGCGAAAUUUGCUCCAGAUCUGGUACCUACUGAUAGAGUGCGAGCACAUCGAUUUGUGGAGGGCCUGAAACCAAUGGUUGCUCGAGAUGUGGAAAUUGUGUCAAGGGGUCAAUUCAGUUAUGCUCAAGUUGUCGAAAUGGCUCUUACGGCUGAGCGGAGUGAAAACAAAAUUUGGAAGGAAAAUGCUGACAGGAGAGAAUCUAAGAAAGGUGGAGCCAAUUCUAAUGACCACAAGAAACGGGGACAGGACCAGUCCGGGCAGCCAAGUCAAGACAAGAGGUACAAAAGUGAUAACGACCAACGAUUUAAUGGCAGCAGUGGGCGAAACAUUCCAGAAUGCCCUAAAUGUACCAAACGUCAUCUCGGCGAGUGUCGCGCAAAAGCAUGCUACAAAUGUGGAAAAGAAGGACACAUCAAACACAAUUGCCCACUGUGGGGACAGACUGGGAACAGAGCAGAACCGAAGAAAGAUGACAAGUAUGUUCCAGCUAGAGUUUUUGCCAUCACUCAAGCAGAAGCUGAGGCCAGUCCUUCGGUUGUAUCAGGUCAGAUUCCUAUGGCCAACACCACUUGUAAAGUUUUGUUUGAUUCUGGUGCAACUCAUUCCUUUAUUGCUAGCACAAUUGUAAAUCAUAUAAAUGCACCGAGUGAAUUAUUUACUGUGGGGUUUGGGACCAUGUUACCAUCUGGGGAGGUUGUAAUCUCUAGAAGUUGGCUUAGGGGUAUACCUGUCAGGGUAGAUGGUAGAGAAUUAUUUGUAGACCUGAUUGUAUUAGAUUUAUUUGAUUUUGAUGUAAUCUUGGGCAUGGAUUUUCUUACCAAAUAUGGAGCAUCAGUUGAUUGCAAGCAAAAGAAAGUUGUUUUCACACCAGAAGAUGGAGAGACUUUCGAGUUCAGGGGGGUAGGAAAGAAACCCCGCACUCCUAUUAUUUCGGCAAUGAAGGCUGGGCAACUAUUGCAGCAGGAGUUAUCUGGGUUACCACCACACAGAGAAAUCGAAUUUGUGAUAGAAUUAGUGCCCGGAACAACACUAGUUUCCCGCGCACCAUAUAGGAUGGCACCAUCGGAAUUGAAAGAACUCAAAAUACAGUUGGAAGAAUUGCUUAAGUUAGGGUUUAUCAGACCUAGCUACUCUCCGUGGGGCGCACCAGUUCUAUUUGUUAAAAAGAAAGAAGGUACUAUGAGAAUGUGCAUAGAUUACCGAGAAUUGAACAAGGUGACUAUAAAGAAUCGGUACCCACUACCGAUGAUUGACGAUCUGUUUGACCAGCUUCAAGGGAAAAAGGUGUUUUCUAAGAUUGAUCUUCGUUCAGGGUAUCAUCAGUUAAGAAUCAAAAAUGAAGAUAUACCGAAGACAGCCUUCAGAACGAGAUACGGGCAUUAUGAGUUCAUGGUGAUGUCAGUUGGACUUACAAAUGCCCCAGCAGCUUUUGUGGACCUCAUGAACCGAGUCUUCAAGGAAUAUCUGGAUCAGUUUGUCAUUGUAUUCAUAGAUGAUAUACUGAUUUAUUCUAAGACAGAGGAGGAACAUGAGGAGCACUUACGCUUGACCUUGCAGCGACUGAGAGAACAUCAAUUGUAUGCCAAGUACAAAAAUGUGAGUUUUGGUUGUCCGAGGUUGCAUUUUUGGGCCACAUUGUCACUAACGGGGGAAUAA